AUGGACAUCAACUCCCUCCUCUCGCCGCAGGAUUCAAAUUCGCAAUCCGGGCGCUCCACUCCCUCCGUUGCUCCUCCCGUUGCGUCGGUUCCCUCCACCGCGGCGGCUCAAAAACCCUUACGCAAGAAUCGCACCGGCACGUCGAAACAGGGCAUGACAUCCUCGCCGUUGGCGCAGCACGUUUACGCCCCGACAAAUAUCCCCGACCCCUCGCCUCCCUCCGUCAGUCCCACCGUCGGCCCCAACAUGGGUGGUGGGAAUGGAACCCCUCCGGCCGCAGACCUGCCUCCUUCCCGGCAACCGUCGACCCCGGGCAUGGAUACGCUGGCCGACUUGGCCUCCAUGCAACACCAUCAGCCCCAACGAUCCAACGCCCCCAUGCUGCGAAGCACCGAAUCCUACGUCAGCCAACUCUCUCCGUCGACGAUGUACCCCAAUGUUGGUUCGAUCAAUCAUAACACCCCGACGCCGCGCUCGUCGUUCGACAUCGCCAUGUCCGCCGAUGGCCCCAGGGAAAGUGCCCGGAGGAAUUAUGUCGAUACGUCGUUGGUGCCGAAUGCGCAGCGCCUGGCGACCGAGUUAUUCGUCCAGAUCCAAGAGAACCCGCAGUCCUACGAUGCGCACGUCAAUUUCGUGCGACUCCUACACGCCGGGUUCGUCAACCACGUCUAUCCGCCCAAUAAUCCCGACAUUCAUGGCGACCCCCGGAAGUAUGACCUACUGAAGGAUAUGAGGACGGCCCGGGAGGAGAUGGAUAAGCUCUUCGCGAUGGGCGAAGACCUGUGGGCUGAGUGGAUUCAGGACGAGAGCAUGCUGGCCCAAAGCGUCGACGAGCGCAUCGCGGUGAUGGAGCUCUGUCAGCGAUCCAUCGAGGAGGAAUAUGGCAGCACAAAACUGUGGAGUAUCUACGGGGAAUGGGUGUUGUAUCUUUAUAACUCUGCCCAUGGCGACGCCAGCCAGAGCCAUUGGACGGACGAGGAUCGGCUCGUCGGUCGCGAGGUCUUCUCUUGGCAGUCCGUUCUCGACGUCUUCCAAAGAGGCGCCGAGGCGACUCGGUGGAGAAUCAAUGACAGCCAACUCGUCUGGGAUCGGCUGCUGGAACUUCGCGUGCGGGAUUUGGCGCGCAACCCUUCCCAGGAGAAGCUGGGACACGUGCGAAGCCUGUUCGACAUCCGACUGCAGACGCCGCACGCCACCUGGGACCAGACCUUCCAGGCUUUCUCCGGGUUCGUUUCGACCUACUACAACGCCAGCUACGAGGGCAUCAUGGCAGAAACCGCCGAGCGAUAUGCCACGCCCAGCAAGGAGAAGUACGCCGCCCGCGAGGAGUUCGAAAUCAAGCUGCGCAAUGUCGCCGAGUCGGGCAACAUGGGCAUCGAGUGGACUAUGUACACCGAAUACAUCGACUGGGAGAUCAGUCGCAACCGCCGAAAACGUCACUCGAACUUCGAUCUGGUGAACGCCCUCUACCAGCGCGCGGUGCUGCGAUUCCCCACCGACGCCAGCAUGUGGGAGGACUUUGUCAUGUUCCUCAUUGACGAGGCCAUGCACGGGAACACCAACACAACCACCAUAUCCACGCUCGACCGGGCCACUCGCCAUUGCCCCUGCUCCGGCACGCUCUGGUCGCAGUACCUGAUCAGCUCGGAACGAGAGGGCCAAUCUUUCUCCAAGAUCGCGGACAUCAAACACAAGGCCACCAGCACCGGACUUCUCGACGUCGGUGGCAUGGAGGAGGUGCUCAAGGUGCACACCGCCUGGUGCAGCUACCUGCGCCGACGCGCCUUCAUGUCGGACUCGACCGACGAGGAUCUGGACGUGGCGGAGGUCGGCAUCCGCUCCGCCAUCGAGAGCGUGCAGGAGCUUGGGGAGAAGAAGUACGGGCGGUCCUACCAAGGCGACCCGCUCUUCCGCCUGGAACGCAUCUACAUCCGGUAUCUGAGCGAAAGUGGCAGUUGGGACAGCGCUCGGGAGACGUUCAAGGGCCUGGUCGGACGCCGGGGCAACAGCUACGAAUUCUGGCUGACCUACUACGAAUGGGAGCUGAUCUCCUGGAGCAAAUUUGUCCAGGGCGAGGCGACCGUCGAUGCCGCUCGCCGCACCCCCAACCCCAGCUACGCCACGGCCGUGCUGAAGCAGGCGAUCAAGCGGACGGAUCUCGACUGGCCGGAGAAGAUCAUGCAGACCUACAUCGCUCAUUGCGAAGACUACGAGGACUCGGACGAAUUGCAGCUGGCGAUCCUGGAGACCCGCAAAGCGAUGCGCGCCAUUACCGCGCGACGCGAAAAAGAGGCUCGGGAGGUGGUCGCUCAGCAGCAACAAGCCCAGCAGGCUGCGGCUGCCGAGAUGGCCACGCACGCCGAGAAGCGUAAGCGAGACGAUGAAGCCAACGCCAAUGGUCUUCCCACGAAGAAGCCCCGAGCGGACGAGCCGCCGGUGGUCGUCGUUCCCACCACCGAGGCGGAGCCCGCCGCAGCACCGCCGCGGGAUCGCGAGAAUGCCACCGUGGUGGUCAAGAACCUGCCUCGCGGAAUCACGGAGCAUAAGGUCCGGCAAUUCUUCCGUCACUGCGGAGCAAUCAACGGUCUGCAGAUGUUUCCGGGCGAAGGCGGAAACUCGGAGGUCGCCAUAAUCGAGUUCAACUCGAAAGAUGAGGCCAUGGUUGCUCAAACCCGGGACCAGAAAUUGAUCGAUGAAAACACCAUUGAAGUGCAGGUUGGAUCCGUCUCGACGCUGUUCGUCACCAACUUCCCGCCGACUGCCGACGAGAAAUACAUUCGCGAUCUGUUCUGUGAGUUCGGCGAGAUCAUCGAUAUCCGGUUCCCGUCGCUCAAAUAUAACACCCAUCGCCGGUUCUGCUACGUGCAGUUCCGCGAGUCCGACCAGGCAUAUCGUGCCACGAGGAUGGACGGGACGACGGUGGGCAAGAACCUCCAGCUAGUGGCCAAGAUCUCCGACCCCUCGCGUAAGCAGGACCGAUCCGGCCCUAUGUACGAGGGACGGGAGGUGCACGUGUCGAACGUGGACUGGAAGGCCGGCGAAGGUGAUUUGAAGGAGCUAUUCUCGAAGUACGGGACCGUGGAGCUGGUCCGGAUUCCGCGCAAGGUUGACGGCGGAAGCAAGGGGUUUGGCUAUGUCGUAUUCUCCUCUCAGGAAGAAGCUACGGCGGCGCUUGCGAUGCACGAACAGGAGUUUCGAUCGCGGCCGCUCCACGUGAAGUUAUCCGCUCCCCAAGGUGCUAAGCGAAGUGCGACGACUAUCGUGUCUCGCGUUGGGAAAUCCCAAUCACCCGCCGCCACCGAGGCCAACGGCACGAAACAGCAGUCUGGCGAGGUGGAUGAACGCGCAGCACGCACGCUCGGUCUGAUGAACGUCCCGGAUACGGUCAACGACGCACGCAUCCGGAGUCUCGCCGAGCCCUACGGCAAGCUGGUCAAGAUCAUUCUUCGACCGGACCACCAAGGGGCCAUCGUGGAGUUCGCCGACGUGAACCAUGCCGGCAAGGCGUCCUUGGAGCUCGAGGGCCACGAGAUCGCGCCGGGUCGGAAGCUGCACGUGGGAACGGUGACGGAGAUGUUGCGACAGUCGGCAGAGAGAAAGUCCAGCGGCGCUCCUGCCAGCCAGCCGAAAGGAAGCAAGGCCGGGGGAUUUCUGGCCGCCAGUGCACCCGUCCGACGACCGCCGCAGCCCGGGGCGCGUGGCGGCAAGCGUGGAGGAUUAGGAGUGAAGCGCGGCGAGAAAACGACGACGACGACCAGCACGACGACGACGAUGACGACCGACAGCGGGCCUACGAAAAAGAGCAACGAUGACUUCCGUGCGAUGAUCCAGCGGAAUCCAGCGGAGUGA